AUAGCCAGCUGUGACCUGCAAGAGUUGACUUUAGGUUAUGUUCCUGUUUAUUGUUAUUAAUAAUAAAAAAGUAAUAUAAAUAAACCAUCCUCGGGUAUAAUUAAUGAAUAAAAAUUAAACUACACAUAAAUGGAAGACUCUGAAAGUGAUAAAAGACCACAAUUCGGUAACAGAUAUCUGGAAAAUGCUGACGAAGUGUUCAAACAUAACGCGUGGUACCGUAUUUACUUGUUUGGUUAGAUUUUGUAAGAACUCUCGAUGUGAUAAGAGUAUAAAUGUAACAGAAUUGGAGAAAACUAGAUUUAGGAAAAAGCCUGCUGGCGGUGGCCGAUAUUUGAAUGAUUCGAAGCACAUUUAUCUUUUUAAUGCCUGGGACAAUGUGGACUGGGAUGAUGAACAAGAGAAAGUUGCAAAAGAAAAAGUUGAACAGAAUUCCCAGAUAACAUUUUCUGAAGACCACUUGAAGUCAUUAGAAGAUGAUGCUGAUAAACAUUGGGAUGCCUUUUAUGAUAUACAUCAGAACAGGUUCUUCAAGGACCGCCACUGGUUAUUCACCGAGUUCCCUGAACUGGCUCCAGAUAACACAUCAGCUCCAGUCAGAGUAUAUCCUGAUGGCGAAAACAAUACCACACAAAUAACAGAACAGACAAAAAGUGACACAAAGAGGUUUAUAUUCGAAAUAGGUUGUGGAGUUGGCAACACCAUAUUUCCCAUACUACAGUACAGUCGCGACCCAAACCUCUUUAUUUAUGGUUGCGAUUUUUCUUCAAAAGCUAUAGAUAUUAUGCAACAAAGUGAGUUGUAUGAGACAAGUAGGUGCAAUGUGUUUGUUCUGGACGCCACACUGGAGAAAUGGAAUGUGCCUUUUGAAGAAAAUUCUAUUGAUAUCAUAGUUUUGAUAUUUGUUUUGUCUGCUAUUGAUCCUGCAAAAAUGACUACUGUUAUCAACAAUAUGUAUAAAUAUUUAAAGCCUGGAGGCUUGGUGGUAUUCCGUGAUUAUGGUCGAUAUGACUUGGCACAGCUCCGUUUCAAGAAGGGCAGAUGUAUAUCUGACAACUUCUAUGCUCGUGGUGACAACACUAGAGUAUACUUCUUCACACAAGAAGAAAUAACGAAAUUAUUCCAAGAUGCUGGGUUUAAAGAAGAACAAAAUCUUAUUGACAGGAGACUUCAAGUAAAUAGAGGAAAAAUGCUAAAAAUGUACAGAGUAUGGAUACAAGGGAAAUACAGAAAGCCUUUAUAACAGAUACAACAUUUAUUAAGAGUAUAGUAUAACAAAAUAUAAUAUGCCUUAAAUAGAAUACCUACUUUACAAAAUGUUACAGAAAUAACGAUUAAGUUUGAACACUAAUUUGUACAGUGAUUUUGCAAGUCAAUUAGAAUAAAAAUAGUACAAACUGCAAGCAAUAUAUCUAAAUAUACUAUUAAUCUUAAAGCACACAGUGUAAGUGAAUAUUUUUUAAUAUAUCUUAUUCUUACUUAUAUCAACAAUAAAAUCUCAAAAAUACAAAACAAUUUAUAUAAGCACAACAACCUUAGCUCCAAGGAAUGUAACAGCUUGACUAGAUGCUUUUAUUAUUAAACAUGGUAUCGUUAGAAAAAAUCAAA